UUCACACAGAUUGAAUUUCUUAACUCUCAUUUUCUUUUAAAAAUAAACUUGGCACCAAUAAACAACCUUUUCCUUCCUUUCCUUUAUUUUUACUUAUCCUUCCCCUUCCCCUUUUUUGUCUUAAGUACUAAAUAUAUUUAUUUGUCACCCUUUUAAGGGCUUCUCCUUUUUUCCCCAAUUACUUGAACAAAAAUAAAAAUUUUUACUCAAAAAUAUAUUUCCUUCCAGCUUUUUUUAUUUUCCCUUUUUUUACUUAUUUUUAGUUAUUUUCUCAAAUACUUUAUUUUUUAUAAAGAUUUAUUUUUUAUAUUUUAAAGCUUUUCACAUUUUGCGCGGCAUUUUUCCCUUUUACUUACAAACAGCAUAUAGUACUAGUGAGGCUCGGGAGAAGAAAAAACCCGGGAAACGGGAGUCGGGUCGGAAAUGACCUCGGGAGUCGGGAUCUCUCCUCGGGAGUCGGGAUUUUUUAAACCAAAAACGCCUUAACAUCCCCCCUUCCUCCAAUAAUAUUUUUCUAUUUAAUUUCUCACACUAUUUAUUUACAUUAAAUAUAUUCACACAAUAAAAAUAUUUUUUUUCUGCGCAACACCCCUCCAAUUAAUUUAAUUUUCUCAGAUUUUUUAUUAGAAUAUAUUUAUUGUUUUUACACCUUUUCUUAUUUGACAGGUGCUUUUUUAAAGAAAAUAAUUUUUUAAAAAUAAUUUUUAGUAAUAUGACUGAUGAACAAAAAAUGUUAUUUUCUAAAUAUUUCUAAAUUAAUUAAAAUUAUAUUUUUAUUUAUUUUAUAUUUACAACCUUUAAUUAGUCCAUCAUUGCCAGAGUAUCCGUUUAUAAGGUACAUAGAAUAUGAAAAAAUCUUUCAACGUUCCAAAAAUUCAGCACUUUUUGGUCGUCCAUUACUCUUUGACCGUUUAUGUGAUAAUCGAAUAGAUUUAGUUUCUCUUAGUCCAUCAGCAUUAGUUCCUUGUGAUACAGCUUGUAUUAGUGUUUUAGAGCCCCAAUAUUUUGGAGGUAUUCAAAACGAAAGAAGGCCUUUCUCUUUUGUGAGGGGAUGUGCUUCUGAUAUUUUUGAAUUAGCUAUAGCUACAUCUGGUAAUAUUGGAGUACCUGCAGAAAUUGAAUAUUUACAUAGAGCACAAGCCUGUAUUGAAUUACCUAUUGGGAGAAUAUGGCCUUUACUUGGAGGUGUAGACAAUAAUAAUAGAGAACUAGUCAGAGUUUGUAGUUGUGGUACAGAUGAAUGUAAUAAUCAUGAUGAUGUAAAUAGUGCUGAAUUAAGUGGGACAAUUAAAAAUAAUUAUUUAAAUAUUUUAUUAUUUUUUGUUUUUGUAAUUAUUUUUUUAAAUUAA